AUGAAUCACUUGUUUAAUGAAAAAGUGAUUUCUGCACAACCAGUAUCACGUGAUUUAUCAAGCUCAGCUAGUGGAAGUGCUUUACCUGGUAGUCACAGUGGUACAAGAAUCUCAACAGAAAGUGGAGGACAAUAUUUAAUUCAUCAUGGAAGUGGCUUUGCAGCAUCAGGAAGCAAUCCUACAGUUAUUACAGAUGCUGCAAAUAUGUCUUCCAACUGGAAAUCUGUUGGCGAAUCGUAUAACCCAAAUUCAUCAGUAGGUGGAAUGAUGGGAACAGGCAAAGGCUACAAUGUCUUCUCACACAAUUGCAAUGAUGUUACCGCUGGCAUGCCCAAUUCAUCUGUCACCACAUCAAAGACAUUCGAAAUCAGUACGGGUAUUAAACCCAAAAAGUAA